CAGGGGGACGGACAGCGAGCCAAGCAAGUUCUGUCAAUUAAAAAAGGAAAGGAAAAAAAAAAAGAAGUAGAGGCAGGUUCGUGGGACAUCUUGCGAGCUCAGCACCACGCCAGGCAGCCGAGCCCCAGCACGAAGUCCUGCAGGCUUUAGAGUCGCCUUGGCUUUCUGGUUGGAAGAUGAUUCCUGCGACAGGGCCGUGUUGCUGCUGACGGACCGCUGGGUCGUUGGAAGAUGCCUUCCUUGGGGAUUACACCUGGAGAAAGGCCAUCAGUCAAGGGGAGAGCUGGCUGGUGAAACUGUCUGACUUUCUCCCCCCCACACUGGGGAAGUGGCUUCAAUGGCUCCAUCUCCCAGGAGAAGCAGUAGGAAAGAUGCCAACGCCUUGCCAAGCAUGUCCUCAACUUUCUGGGCUAUCAUGAUCCUGGCUAGUCUCCUAAUCGCUUACUGCAAUUAUAAGAGCUAUUUUGGAGCGGAUAACCCUCAAUGGCUGUAUAUGAGACAUUGCCCGGGGUGCUUCCAAGAUGCUUUUGAGCUGGGUCAACUGGCUGCAGGUACAUGUGAGAUUGUUACUUUGGACAGAGAUAGCAGUCAGCCCCGAAGGACUAUAGCCCGACAAACAGCUCGCUGUGCAUGUAAAAAAGGACAGAUUGCCGGUACAACAAGAGCAAGGCCAGCCUGUGUUGAUGCACGAAUUAUCAAAACAAAACAGUGGUGUGAAAUGCUUCCAUGUUUAGAAGGAGAAGGCUGUGAUUUGCUAAUCAAUAAAUCAGGCUGGACCUGUACACAACCAGGAGGUCGGAUAAAGACAACCACGACUGAAGACCAGCUGGAAAUGUCCUGAGGCCAUGGUCUAGUGGUCUGAGCUUGGGACUGGGAGCCAGAAACUCCUGAGCUCUAAUCCCGGCUCUGACAGUGACUCCCUCUGUGGCCUUGGCCUGUCUGAGGCCAUGUGGUUUGGAGAUCUGAUCACUAGUCCGAAAAGGAAAGGCUGUUUGCAAGAUUUCUGGGGUGUUUUUUCCUGGAAAAGGUCUCCUGACAAAUGCAGCAACACAGAAUCUUCGUAGGAGUGGUUUAGGCUCUGUGUGAGCUACUUAGUCAAGUUUCACUGCUGUGGAUCAUCAUCCGUUAUAUGUCAUCAAAUCAACUGUCUGUUUCUCUGUAUCUCAUGAAUGAGAGCAUAAUUCCUCUGCAUUAUGAGCUAAAGUUUGUUCUACCAUACUAAGGAUCACUGGACUAAGGAAUAUAGAAAAAGAUAUAUGCUCGGGCAUUAGCAAUACAAAAAAGUUCAUGGUUAACGUUUCAUCUGCGUUAUACACCACUGCUGGACUUGCUGUUACCUACAUGUUUUAAUCUGAAGAGUCUGCUACAAUGAAGAGUAUCAUCCCAAUCAGCCUUAGAGAAGACUGUUUUGCCUAUGGGAGGACACUAAGGUGCAAAAGAGAAACUCUUCUUGUGCCCUAAACUGUCUGAAUUGCUUUUAUUUUCUUAUACUUUCAGUAUAUACAAUAGACCAAAGAGCAAAAUCUAUUUUAAAGUGGACAAAAUCUUACUGUUAACAGAGUUAUGUCAUUAAAUUGUAGGAGGUCUCCACAAAGACAUGAUUCCAGCUUUCACAAAGCUGAGAUGUUGCUGUCCAGCAGAAGUCUUUAUGGAAAGCUGCAGUAAAAACUAACUCAGAGACCUGCUCUUGAAAUGCCACAUUCGAGAGAACGUAAUGGACCACUGAGAGAAAAAGACCUAUGGUUGAAAAACUUGGACAAAAAGAACACGAACUGUCUACACGGCACCUUUAUUUCUCUGUACUUAGAUUGACUUUCUCGUACUAAAAUCAUUUUCAGUUUUAACCAGUUAAACAUGCCUCUUCUACAGUUCCAUUUUUGAUAGUUAAAGUUGGAUAAUACAGUAUUUGCAAAGAGCAUGUUUGGUCAUCUGUGGCCUAUGUCUCAUCUGAUACACCAUUUAGCACCAGAAAGCAAAUUAAAGAGAAAACAAAAGUAACACUUGUUUGAAAGAGAUCAUUAAAUGUAUUUUGAAAAGCCUAAAGUUAUAUAUUUAACAGUUUUUAUAUGUUGUAUAUUUGUAGAAAAUCCUAUUUAACAAUUAACGUGAUAACUCUGACAGUCAUGACAAGUGGUUCAGAGUUAAGUUGUGUUUUAUUACUUCAGUUGUCUCUGAAGUGACUGGUGUCGUUUGCUUUCUUCCAUUGGGACAUUCUGGAUGUAAAGCAUGACCAGAGAGGACUGUGUAGAAAAAGCAAAGAAUAAUGUUGUUUAUAUUACAUAAAUGCAUUCAACCAUUGCACUGUUGGAAGGCAUUUUUUAUUUUUAUUUUAUUUUUAUUUUUUGUCUUUAUGUACUGAUAAAAACAGAGUGUAAGAUAUUUUACCCAUUGCUCUUCAUAGCAAGGUUUGGUUUCCUUCCUUCCUUCAUCCCUUUCUUCCUUCCUUCAUCCCUUUCUCCCUUUCUCCCUUCCUCUCUCUUUCUUUCUUUGUCUUUCUUUCCUUCUUUGUCUUUCUUUGCUUCUUUCCUUCAUUCCUUCUUUCCUUCUCUCUUUCCUUAUUUCCUUCUUUUUUUCCUUCCUUUCUCUCUCGCUCGCUCACUCUCUCCCCCCUACUUUUAUGUAAGGCUCAGUUUGAAGCCUGUUCCUUGACCCCAUUUUCAGUAUUUUACCUCAUUGUUAGAAAGCCCACUUUUUUCAGCAUUAUUGGUUAGCGAAAAUUUAGCCAAGAUGGCAUAGAUGAGGGGGAAAUUGUGAUAAAACAGAGAAACAAACAAAACCUUGUUCCCUUUUACUGUACCUUUUGGUAUAAAAGUUUGGGACAUACUGGUAUGAUGAAAUCAACAAGGGAGCUUAAUUUGUUCCUGGCAAAUGUAUUAUGGUUUCAAGUAUACUACCUAAUACUCCAAUUAACUUUUAGUGUUAUGCUAGUUCUAUUCUACUAAAGAAAAGUAUAUAGAAAUUGUUCAAGUGACCAUAGGUGAAAGGUACAAAAAAAAGUUGAUUAAAGAAUUUUUUUUAAA